AUGCUGAUGAACUUAGUUAAGAUACUUGCAUUCCUGGCCAUCCUCGCGAAACCAGGCGAUGCCUCCGUGCGUGAAAGGGGUGACAAGCGCUGGGUCGAUACCUGGGUUAGCAUGCCACAACUGACAGAGCCCGCGAAUCUUCCCCCAGCACCCUUCAAUGGAACAGGCGCUGUCUUCGUAGACUCGACUAUCAGACAAACGCUCCACAUGUCCAUCGGUGGGCCGCAGAUUCGCAUCCGCAUCUCCAAUGCGUUCGGAAUAUCCGACCUGCCGAUCACAGCGGUGACGGUUGCGCUGCCCUUCAACGGAUCUGCAGGGGUCGCUGCGAUCGAGCCGGGCACCCUCAGAACUGUCACGUUUUCGGGCAGCAAGAACUACACCGUCCCGGUCGGAGCGUUGGUAGUCUCAGAUCCGAUCGAGAUGGGAGUGGAACCGCAAAGCAUGCUGAGUGUAACGAUUUAUCUAGCAGAUGGGCAGCGGAGCGCAACGAAUGCUGUGACAAGCCACCCGGGAAGUCGAACGUCUAGCUGGAUCAGCGCUGGGAAUCAGGUCUCUGCGACCAACAUUGCGGACGCAGGUGCGGUGAGAGUGGUACAUUGGUACUUCUUGAGCGCCGUUGAGGUGUACGUGCCGCGGAGCACCCGCGCUUUCGUAAUCGUUGGGGACAGUAUCACGGACGGCCGAGGGAGUGAUACCGAUGCCAAUAAUCGCUGGCCGGACCUCGUUCUUCGCAGGAUGCAGACCCGUAACUCGACGUCAGACAUUGCCGUUCUUAACCAAGCCGCUGGCGGAAAUCGUGUCGUAAACGACCUGGUAGGACCCAACGCGCUGUCCCGAAUCGACCGAGAUGUCCUCUCCCACUCGGGAAUUGAGUACGCCAUGGUCUUUAUAGGCAUUAACGAUAUUGGAACUGCUGCGACGGACCCGCUAUCCCAGCAGAUUGUUGGCGAUCGCUUGAUUGCGGCCUUCAUCCAGAUUGCCAUUCGCAUCAAGACGUUCGAUAUCCCGGUCUUUGGGGCGACUAUUACCCCGUUCAAUGCUCCCGGGUAUAACAAGACGACCCAGAUAUACAGUGAUCCGGAACGAGAGAAGACGAGGCAGAGGGUGAACGAGUGGAUACGGACAAGUGGGACGUACGAUGAAGUGCUGGAUUUUGAUCAGUGGUUGAGGAACGAGACGUACCCGAGCCAAAUUCAGGAUUCAUUGCAGGGAGACUGGUUACACCCCAAUGCGAAGGGGUAUGCGAGGAUCGCCGAACUAUUCCCACUGGAAAUCUUCUGA